GAGCCCGAGUCAUUCACAGUCAUUCCGUAACGGCGAGAGGCCACCGAUCGUGUGAUCCGGCAGGGAUUGAAUAACUCAGAGUGCCGUUUUUCAGUUGUGUAAACAAAGCAUCAAUUAUGAUAGAUCAAAAAACAGUGCGUUUCAUCAUAAUAGUUGCAGUUUACUUUGUGAUAACGGGCGAGUACGCUGGUUUAACAUCACUAUGGGAUAAAAAAGAUGAUUCAAACAAUAGAGAUUAUUUUUCAACGGACUCUUACGAAGAUACAGGAGAACAGUCGAACUCCGAUUCUUCUUUGGAAAAAAUUAUGCUAAAUCAAGUUUCUAAAGAGGAAGAUGAGGCCGAAAAAGAUGAAAAAAACUUGAAAAGAGAAAAGCUUUUUGCUAUAAUGAAGGCUAUCUGUUUACCAAAAUUGGUCUGUGAACUGUCCAGAGCAGCCCAUGAAGAUCAUCUAACCGUAGUAGAGAGGUCUCUGCUUGAAGUAAUCAGCGAUACAAGUCUGAAUUACGGAGGUGAACUGUCAAAAUUCCAUUAUGCUGCCCACAUGGGACAAUUGAUCAGAGGAAUAGAUAAUCAAGGAUGCCACAAUUUCUUCCCAAGUUGUCCUCUGAGUUCCAAACAAGUACUUGGCAUGGCAAAAUAUGCUGUUAAUCACAAAAAUGAAGAACCUAAUGGCGAAAAUGAAAAAAUCGGAGCAUGAACUUUGUAUCAAAAGCAAUGACUCCCGACAAAGUUUGUGUUGUAAACUUUUAAGUGUAGUGAGGAUUAUGUGCACUGUGUGCACUCAUAACUAAAUAUUAUCUGUGAUAUUUUUUAAGUUCUAAGAAGAUAGUCGACUUAAUAUUGUAGUCCAUUUUCAUUACAAGUUGUUAAUACUUGAGUGUGUAAAACUGUUCAUUCAUAUAAAUCUUAAUUUUCAAGUAAAUUAAGUUUUAUAAAUGAUAAUUUAUUAAGUGUUUCAACAAUUGUGUAAUAUGUGUGGAAUGUAUGUGUUUUUAAACGCAUUUAGCUUAUCGUACAUGAGUUUUUUUAAGAACAUAAACAAACGACAAAAAGUUCAUUUAAAUACUUA